AUCAGUGCAUCGUGGGACUCCAGACGAUACUCUUGUAUUAUCCGAACGAUUUAAAUACCUCUGCGACAAUGAAGUUGUUGUUUGUUCUGUCUCUUGUCGCCCUGGUCGGGUUAUCAUUGGCUGACACGAAGACUCAUAACAGAGGCUGCAUUUAUAUAAUGGGAAGAUGUUAUCGAGAGUGUGAAGAAGGCACCCAUUCGUAUGGAACCGGUUGCGGUUAUUUGCUACCAGAGGCAACCUGCGACAACCCGACACCCGAGCUCGACAAAAGGGGCAAGAUCUGCGACUUCUCCGCGUGCUACUGCGACCCGCCGACCGUCCGUGAUUCUGCUACUAACAAAUGUGUAGCUCUAGAAGACUGUCCCAAGAAAAAAGAAUAAUAAAACAUAAAAGAUUGAUGAAAAUAAAGUUUUUUUUUUGGAAAAUAUAUUAGUUUGCCUAUU